AUGCCCGUCGGGCAAUUGAGAAGUCGUCUUCGUCAACUGGACAUUAACAAUAGCCGCAUUCUUGACAUUCAUUACCCCACUCGCAACGUUGUAGCCCUACUUGUCCACAACGAUUACGCGCCUGAACUGAAAUCUUACGUCCAAAAAUUAAGGUACGCACCAAGGACGACUUCAACCUUUGCGAUGGCUCAAUCCUCAUGGACCCCAAAUAUGGACACUGCUCUAAAGAAGAACACAACGACUUUGCCCUCAUGCACCAUAGUGAUUGCAUCUACCCAAUAUUAUACUCACGAUCAUUUGCGGCGACCUCAACACACGACUAGGGCAUAUCACUGGAGAUACUUUCAUACUCACCGAGUACAAAUAUUAUAUAACUGGACCAAAUCGCAUGAUAUGAUUAUAUGGAAUGAAAGAUUGACCUAUGAAUCACCCAUAUAUAUGACUUUUAAUGGUAGUAGUAUUAUCGACUAUUUCAUCGUCACGACAGAGCUACCUUACCCACAGUUACUAAUCAGAGGCGACUUAUCGGUUGACUCCUACCAUAAGUUUAUGACACUCUCCUUUCAAUUGACAACACUACCCUCGAGAACCAAUGCACCCAAACGAAUCCUAUGGCAUUUAAACAAGAUAAAAGAUGAUCAGUCCAGGCCUUAAUAUCUAGAACACUUUUCUCAUCUCACUAAGGAUCUCAUGCCAACCAACAUCCCUUCCUUUGACGACAGAUCCUUCGCAGUGACAUAUAUUGAGCAAUUCAAUCGAGCCCUUUGCCAAACGAUCUAUCAAUCUCUGGAUUUGGUUUAUGGACAUCAUACAAGGUGAACGGACGAUUUCCAACAACAGUUUUUAACGCGCAAUUUACAAGAGAUCUUUGAUAUCAAAG